AUGUUACCGUUUCUAAUAGUUUUGUGUAUAGCGGCUUGUUCUGCACUACCAUCAAAUCCAAUCCUAAGGAAGUUGGAUGAUGGACCACGUUAUCAGUAUGUUGGUGAUUCAAACGGAGAGAUCCACCUGGAGGAUCUAUGGGUGUCGUUGAGUGAUUAUUUAAAUAUAGCAAGAUUCAGACCCGAAGUAUCCAAUGUAUACUUUUUAUACACCAGAGAAAAUCCGAAUAAUGGUCAAAUUAUAUUUAGAAAUGAAAACUGGUUGUCUUUAACUAACUACAAGAGCUUAAGAAGAACUAUUGUUCUUAUCCACGGAUGGAGAAAUUCAGCUUCAUCGGAGUUUAACAAUGUCCUUAUACCCGCUCUUCUGGCUGCGGAAGAUGUUAAUGUAAUAGUAGUAGACUGGAGCGUUGGAGCAGGUUCCCUAAGUUACAGACAAGUGAAUUUCAAUUGUAUAACUUCCGCUGCCGCGGUAGCCGACUUUAUUAAAUGGUUGAACCAAGCAAGUGGCUCAACACUUAGUCAGUAUCAUAUCAUUGGUCAUGGAGUCGGUGGACAUCAAGCAGGUAUCAUAGGAAGAAACUUGGACCGCGACGUACCAUACAUUACUGGUCUUGAUCCGGCUCUAAUUGGAUGGGUUAACCAUAUUGACCGAUUCAGAUCCAACGAUGCGUGGUAUACUGAAGUUAUCCACACCAACUAUGGAAUCUUUGGAUACAUAGGCGAUCUUGGUCUAGUUGAUUUUUAUCCGAAUGGAGGCAUUUCGAUGCCCGGCUGUGAUUCGAAUAGCUGUGACCAUGCAAUGGGCUACCACUAUUUCGCAGAAUCUAUUUCCUCCGGAGGAUUUACUGGCACAGAAUGUUUAAAUUACUACGCAGCUGUUUUAAGAAUGUGCUUCAGUGACAAAACUUUGAAAAUGGGUGGACUUACUCCAAAGAACGGACACUAUGGUGUAUACUACCUCGAAACAAACGCUGAUGCUCCAUACUCAAAAGGCUAAACGAAGAAAUGUAUUCAGUUAAAGUUUUAUAACAAUAUUUUUCAAAAAUCUAAAUCCAAUAAAGAAAAUUUAAAAACUUUCGUUAAAUAAAGAAACGUCAUUUU